CCGCCGCGGCUCCCCUGCGGGUCGCACCUCCAGUUCCGCUUCACCCCCUCACCGCCACCCUCCUUUCUCCAUCUCCGCAGGCCCUCGCCCCGUAUGGAAGGAUGGAGACGCUGAAGGAUAAGACCCUGCAGGAGCUGGAGGAGUUGCAGAAUGACUCGGAGGCGAUUGACCAGCUGGCCCUGGAGUCCCCUGAGGUCCAGGACCUGCAGCUGGAACGGGAGAUGGCACUGGCCACCAACCGGAGCCUGGCGGAGCAGAACUUGGAGUUCCAGGGCCCCCUGGAGAUCAGCCGCUCAAACCUCUCAGAUAAAUACCAGGAGCUCCGGAAGCUUGUGGAGCGGUGCCAGGAGCAGAAGGCAAAGCUGGAGAAAUUUUCUUCAGCACUGCAGCCAGGGACCUUGUUAGACCUUCUGCAGGUGGAAGGCAUGAAGAUUGAAGAAGAGUCUGAGGCCAUGGCUGAGAAGUUCCUGGAGGGCGAGGUGCCCCUGGAAACGUUCCUGGAGAAUUUUUCCUCCAUGAGGAUGCUGUCCCACCUGCGCCGGGUUCGCGUGGAAAAGCUCCAGGAAGUGGUGAGGAAGCCCAGGGCUUCCCAGGAGCUGGCCGGCGAUGCGCCCCCACCCCGCCCGCCACCCCCGGCGCGCCCAGUCCCCCAGGCAACGCCGCCUGUGGUUGAAGAGCAGCCGCAGCCACCAUCAGCCAUGCCUCCCUACCCUUUGCCCUACAGCCCGUCCCCCAGCCUGCCUGUGGGCCCCACUGCCCAUGGAGCCCUGCCACCGGCCCCUUUCCCGGUGGUGUCCCAGCCCUCCUUCUACAGCGGGCCUCUGGGCCCCACUUACCCGGCAGCCCAGCCUGGACCCAGGGGUGCCGUGGGUUACUCCUGGUCCCCACAGAGGAGCACGCCACCCCGGUCGGGCUAUCCUGGGACCCCGACUGGCACCUCUGGGCCUGGGUACCCCUUGGCGGGAGGCAGGGCCCCCAGUCCUGGUUAUCCUCAACAGUCUCCAUACCCUGCAACAGGAGGAAAACCUCCCUACCCAAUACAGCCCCAGCUCCCCAGCUUCCCAGGCCAGCCCCAGCCCUCAUUGCCCCCGCAGCCCCCUUAUCCCCCCGGGCCCGCCCCUCCCUAUGGGUUUCCACCGCCCCCGGGGCCUGCCUGGCCUGGGUAUUAGCCGUACUCCUGGCCCUCUGCCCCUCCCGAGUCCCACCCACGCUCAACCUUUGGCCCAGCCAUCGCCGAGAUUCGAGGGUCAACUGGAGGUGGCGUUGGUGCUCCCUGUGGACUUGCGUUGGCACCCAGAGGCUUUGGAGGGACAAGGCACUGGGCAGUGUGACUGGUCACGGCACUUGCUGGCCUUCUGGCCAGAGGUCCUCCUAGAAGCCCCUACUUUCAGUGCCUGGCUGCAGCGGUGCUAGCCAGGCUGGCAUCCGGCACCUCUCGCCAGUGUCUGUGUGAGUGAGCGUGUGCGCACAUUUAUGAGCAUCUACUUGCGGCUGCGCUCAGGGCCAUCUGAACCCAGUGCAGAGUUAUCUCGAUGAGGAGGCCCCGGGUCUCCAGCCCCUCCGGCUCCCCUGGGGUUUGGCGUAUUUGACGUGGAGCCCCAUGCCAAGGGAUGCAGCUGUUGGUGUCUGUCCAGUCCGUUCAAGGCUAGCCUGCCCACGCACUGUGGCAGGGGUUGGAUUGGAGAGAGAGAACAGAGUUGGGAAAAACAACAGGUUUGAGUCCUAUAAAGCCAUAAUUUAACUCCAGUACCUGAUGUCAGACAAGCUUGUCCUGUGUCCUGUUUGAGUGGCGGCAGCGCCAGCGCAGCAAGAAGGCUGGGGGUCGUGAAGAUUGUCCCCAGACCUUGCUUGCACUAUUUGGAGAACCCAGGGGGCUGCCUUGGGUCCUCUGGCCAGAGGGAAGGGAGCAGCUCUAGCCCUGGAGAUUGUGGUCACAUUGGGGCUCGUUUAGGAGUGGAGGGCCAGGUCACCUCCCCAGCCACCCUUCUCUCCUCUGGGACCCCCCACUUUAGGGUGACUUUGCCCGAGGCCUAUGCAUCCAUCCACUCCUUUAGUGCCUUGAAUCUCAUUCACAAGCAGCCCCCUCCCUUUCCCUCCCCUGCCCCUGACUCCUUUGAUGGAAUCCUCCCACCCCCAGUGUCCAUCCUAAGGCAUCAAAAGAGGCCCUAACGUAACUUCCCAAAUGGUGCUUUUUAAAAAACACCAUCACUACAUAGGGGCAGUUUUUUCGCACCUCCCUGUCUUCAGAAUGUAAAGGGUGGGGAUUAUGGCUCUGUGUAAUAUGCAGCCCCCUGCACUGUGGGGUUUGGGGCGUGUUCAGUAAUCAGAAUGAAGACAAUAGACAAAGGGGUGUGAUGAGUGUUAACUUGGUUGUUCCAGAGGUAAACCAGGUCUCAGGGAAGAGCCUGGAGCUGCUAUUGCUUAGGAAGUUGUACGUGCCUUGAAAUGUCCACUACCUGAGGACCCAGCGUCUGGUGGGCCCGGGGCUGCUGGGGCCAAGGAGGGACCUUGACCUUCUGGUGCCUGCCCCUCCCCGGCCUACGUGCCAUCUGUGUGACGCUCGGUCAGCGGUGCCGGUUCUUUACCAAAUGUGCUUGCUUCUCCUAAGUUAUUUAUAAAGAGAAAUCACUAAUGGACUCUACUGGUUUGAGUGCUUCUGAGCUGGAUGACCGACCGCCUGUAUGUAUGUGUAAUUAAUUGCCAUAAUAAACUUUGAUGAGUCACA